GUGAGCCGCGGCGGGGGGCGACGGGCCCAGCUCCCGCCCCUGGCCGCCCAGGAAACCGCCCCGAGCUGCGGAGGGGGCCGGGCGGGUAGAGGGCCGGGCGGCUCCGCGCCCCGCUGCUCCCGUGCCUUGCCAUCCCUCCCGUCACGCCGGGCCGCGCCCGCUGCCCCUGCCGCGCAGGGGCGGGCGGCGGCGGGGGGCGGGCAGGGGCGGCGCUGCGGCGCCCGGCUCGGCGCGGCUCGGCUAGGCGCGGCGCUGGGGAGCGGAGCGGAGUGCCUUGGCCGCGAUGGGCGCCUCGGCGGCGGAGCGGCGGCGGCGGCGGCGCGGGGAGCUGCUGCGGGGGCAGCUGGGCGCUUUGACCGCCCUGGCUCUGCUCCUGGCCGGCUGCGCGGCCGGCCGUGGCGGUUAUGAUGCUUUGAGCUAUUCUGUGGAAAUCGAUGACAAAUGGAGUGGGAGACAGCUACUGCAAGCAAAUGAGGACAACACGACUGAGGUCCCAGAGGAUGGGGGGCAGCUCUAUGUCAGAAAUUGCACUGAGCCAGCUCUCCAUGAAUUCCCCAAUGACAUCUUUACAAACGAGGACAGGAGGCAUGGAGCUGUCAUCCUGCACGUCCUUUGUGCCAUGUAUAUGUUUUAUGCUUUGGCAAUUGUCUGCGAUGAUUUCUUCGUCCCUUCGUUGGAAAAGAUUUGUGAACGCUUGCAUCUUAGCGAAGAUGUGGCUGGGGCAACUUUCAUGGCAGCUGGCAGCUCUGCUCCUGAGUUGUUUACAUCUGUCAUAGGUGUUUUUAUCACAAAAGGAGAUGUAGGCGUUGGAACCAUCGUAGGCUCUGCUGUAUUUAACAUUCUCUGUAUUAUUGGUGUGUGUGGGCUUUUUGCUGGACAGGUUGUUGCACUGUCGUCAUGGAGUCUCCUGAGAGAUUCAAUCUACUAUACACUGUCUGUUGUUGCACUCAUUGUGUUUAUUUAUGAUGAAAAAGUUUCUUGGUGGGAGUCCUUAGUCUUGGUGCUGAUGUAUGCCAUCUACAUCAUUAUUAUGAAGUACAACUCUACCAUACAUCACUGUUUUGAAAGGAAGACGAAAAACACUGCAAAUAUGAUGAAUGGAUUAGCAAACAAUACAGAAAUGGAUGAUAACAGCAACUGCGAUGCUACAGUGGUAUUGCUAAAGAAAGGGAAUUUCCACCGUAAAGCCUCGGUGAUCAUGGUGGAUGAGCUGCUGUCUGCUUACCCACACCAGCUUUCAUUUUCUGAGGCUGGGCUCCGGAUCAUGAUAACCAGCCACUUUCCCCCCAAAACACGUCUCUCCAUGGCUAGCCGCAUGCUAAUCAAUGAGAGACAAAGACUGAUAAACAGCAGGACUUACACCAAUGGUGAAUCAGAAGUAGCAAUCAAAAUACCGAUCAAGCAUGUGGUAGAGAAUGGAACAGGCCCAAGCAACUCAGCCGAGCGGGGCGUGAACAGCACACGGCGAGAGGAGGACAUGGCUGAGGCUGGCACUGAAACAGAAAAUGAGAAUGAGGAUAACGAGAACAAUGAAAAUGAUGAGGAAGAGGACGAAGAUGAUGACGAUGAUGACCAUGAAGCGCCAUACACACCUUUUGACCUACCCACUGGCAAAAUAGAAAUCUUGAAGUGGCUCUUCACAUGGCCAUUGAGUUUUGUCCUGUAUUUCACAGUGCCCAACUGUAACAAACCCCACUUGGAAAAAUGGUUCAUGGUUACUUUUGCUUCUUCUACCCUCUGGAUUGCAGCUUUCUCAUACAUGAUGGUGUGGAUGGUGACAAUCAUUGGCUACACACUGGGAAUUCCAGAUGUGAUAAUGGGCAUCACUUUCUUGGCAGCUGGAACCAGUGUGCCGGACUGCAUGGCAAGCCUUAUUGUAGCAAGGCAAGGUAUGGGGGAUAUGGCUGUGUCCAACUCCAUUGGAAGCAAUGUUUUUGAUAUUUUAAUUGGCCUAGGUCUCCCAUGGGCUUUGCAGACCUUAGCAGUGAAUUAUGGAUCAUACAUUCGGUUAAACAGCAGAGGACUUAUCUAUUCUGUUGGUCUCCUGCUGGCAUCUGUUUUUGUCACAGUUUUUGGCGUCCAUAUGAACAAAUGGAAACUGGAUAAGAAGCUAGGGUGUGUGUGCCUUUCCCUUUAUGGCAUCUUCCUGUGUUUCUCCAUCAUGACAGAAUUCAAUGUUUUCACUUUUGUGAACUUGCCAAUGUGCAGAGAUCACUAAUGCAGGUGACAGACUGUCAGGAGGAACUUCCUUCUUACCUGUGCAAUACAAACCACGGCUGGCAUCUCCUGAAUGCGGUGCACCUCCAAGUCGUGAAGUAUAUCCUGUUCACUGUUCAUAGGACCUGUAGCCCCAUCUCGGUUUACCCUCUCCCUGACCCCCACAACCUGGAAGAAUCCUGCAUUGAUGUGAAGAUUAUUUUUUUCAACAUUCAUGUAAUUUCCUAGGUCAGUUUUUGAACAGUGACUGGGACUCUAGGUGAACUGGCUGCUAACUGGCAUCAAGCCAGGCAAAACUGGUCUGCUACAAUUCCUUUUUAAGUUAUUUGAUGGAAGACUAAAUUAAUUUAUGACUUAAGACUAUUGCUACAAUGCUGAAGAGGGUACAUCGUACAGGGGCUGAUUUUCAAGGAGAAUUCUGGGAUUUUUUGGUUGCUUUUUUUUUUUUUUUUUUUCCUUUUUGUUGUUGUUGUUGUUUGUUUUGGUUGUGGUUUUUUUAUUGCCUGAGAUCAACAUCCUCUCUUUCAGCCUCUCCUUCUGAGGUCUCCUGUAACAAUCCAAAAGUCACAGGGCAGUGUAAUAUGGGAAUUUAUUCAAGUUACUCAGCAUAUGAGUGGAUUUACUGUUUAUUAAAAGAAGACUGUCAAGGCAACAGACAGACUUUACCAUAAAUAAUGAAUCCUGUACAGGUGUGAUGAGGAACGUGAGGUAAAUGUGGAUUCAAAGGAUAAACACUGCUACAGUUUUACUAUUAAUGUUGGUGUUUUAUUAAUAGGGUGUUUAUGGUAUUUCCAAGCAAUAGGUUGAUUGCCAGCCAAGGAGGGCUACCAAGGAGGCAUCCUGUUUUUUAGUGAUCUACACCUGGACAUGGAAGGUCAGAACUUUAUUUGCUUCAUCAGAUUUCUUGUAGUUUAGGGGGGAUUCUAUAGUUUAUGUCUUAUUUGUUCUGAGAAGGACAUAAGUAUGUGUCAAAACCUUUCUAAAUGAGUUACAGACACUGGUUUCUUUAAAAAGAAAGAGGCAUAUUUUGCACAGACAUAGUUACUGAAGUCAUAAUUUGCCACUCUUUAAAGAAUACACUGGACCUGGCCAGAUAUUUGUCUUUUUUUGUAAACAGUUGAACUUACCUGAUAACAAAUCAUAAGGAUUCAUCACAUCUCCUUUGGAAGGGAGGAAAACGGAGAGAGAGAUGGCACUUUUAAAAUGUGGAAUAUCUUCAAUGCAGACUCGCUCACAGAUCUUAAGUUACCGUGGAAAUUUAACUAUUCAUUGUUCCAGUAUCCUUGCUAAAUUUUGUAUAAUUCUGUAUUAAUACGCAGGCAGAUUCCACCCCAUCAGAAAUGCUAUCACAACUACAUUCGUAUGUAUUGAUACUGUGGAUUCUUGCCAGUGCUGGCUGUUGUAUUUACUUUAAGCACUGAUCACUUCUGAUUCAUUUGGUAUGUUUUUCUUCUUCCUUGGAUACAUUCUACUACGAAGUGUGAUAAGAUACUACCAGCUAGGUGAAUGUAUUUGUCUAUGAUACAAACAGUGGCAAAUAUUGGUAGUGAAAGUACAGCAAACCCUAGGUCUCAGAAAAACAAAAAAAUAAACAAACAAGCAAAAAAAAGCACCACUACCAACAACAAAAAUACCUAAACCAUAGCAGGAAAGAACCCUCCAACUAAAAACAAAACAAAACAAAACAAUUUACAGACAUCCAGUUUUCAAUUCAUUUGCAUUUUUGGACAUGUUUAUUUUGGCAUAAUUUUCUUUGGACAAAAUGAUGUAAAUCAAAAUAUUUACACCCUGUGGUUUCCAUUCAGCUCUGCACCUUAUUUUCUUUCUUUGUUACACUAAAUGUGUGGAGGCUUUGGCAGCCGUUGCACUGUGCAUGUUGGGGAAGUCCAUCGGAAAAAGCCAUGCCCUGCUGGCCUUGGUGAAUAAAGCGUGCUUAUGGAUCCCUGGCAAGAAGAAGGAAGGACCCAGGGACAGAGAACAGAGAGUCAAUGACACAUCUGCGUCAUCAUUUUUCAUUCUGGAAAACAGUUGUCUUGCUACCUGUUGAGCUACGCAGCCUGUUGUUGAAGCAGCCUUCUCCUAACUGUGCCCGCGUUAGGAAGCCCAUUGUACUUUCUUGUUGCUUUUUGUUGUUGUUGUUUCUUUCUUUCUUUGUUAAUGAGAUUAAUAAUAACCACUAAAAUGCCUAAAAUACUUCCUUAAAUCAAACAAUGUUAGCAGCAAUGUGGCAUAUUUCAAUAAAAUCCACCCCACAGACACACAGCUAUACUUUGUAGCAAGAUUCAGUGACUCCGAAGCAGUGUUUCCUUAGGGAAGGAAAGGGACAGAUUUGGGGAAGGAAAAAAGAGAACAAACAAACAAACAAACAAACAAAAAACAAAGAACAAAGUCACACAUCCAGGGCCUAUUAUUACUUCUAUUUUGAAUAUUUUUACUGCUGCUCCAAUGGAGCCAGUUAGAUCUAUUUCUACGAAAUAGCUGUUACCUAUCCCAUGGCACAAAAACUGCAUGACUAUUUUUUUAGGAACCUUUCUUAUUGGUGUGCAUUAAAUACUGUAGCAUAUCCUACCUUUGCAUUGUAUGUGAAACCUGAAAUACCUUGUUCUGAAAUGUGUGUGUUGUGCAAGAAUAUUCUGCAAGUUGAUUGUUCUAAGCAGAAGUAAAGGGUACGUUGAACUGCCAUUAUCUGUGCCAUGUAUGACUUGAGAAGCACUUCCUGUGUUGACUGUUUCAGUGAGUUGUACUUGUGAUUUGCAACCAUAUCAACCAAUGCAGACCUGGUUUGGAACAGAAGAGACCAACUGAAUGUUUUGUCUCCAAAAAGGAGAGCCUGUCAAGUUUGUUAGCAUAAUCAAAGUUCAUAGAGAAGUCCCCACAGCAACAACCGAAGGAAUUUUUAGCAUCCUUCCUGUGUGACAUCUCCAGAACUUGAACAGACAGGUAUAUGCAAGUAUAGAACAUACUAAUAGGUUUACCUCACAGAGCUGAGGGGUUCUUUUCCUUUGGGCAUUCAGUUCUGAGAGUUGCAGGCUGUGUGUGAGGGCGGCUAGGCCUUGUCUGCUGGUGCAAGGGCUGCGGUGCCCAGCACUGACUGAGGCAUGGUGCCCCGCUGCUAAUGGUGCCCCACUGCUCACAGUGCUUCUGCGCCCACCUGCAGGUGGCCAGGGGGUCAGAGUCAGGCUGGGCUCAGGAUGUAAUUGUGACUCGUUUGGUUUUUUGCUGUUCUGAAAGCAAGGGUCACCUUCAUGUUUGAGGCUGCUCUGGUCUUGGGACCAGUCGAGUGUUGUUGUUUCCAUUCCUGGCAGUUCCGGACAAUCCUUAAUGAGCAUUUCAAAGGGGGAUGAAAGAGCUUUUUCCUCAGUGGAGAGCACUUCACCACAGCUCUUGCUCUGACUUGAUUUUGUCUUGAUUGGUGUUAAAUAUGUGAUCGCUGGCUAGCGGCAGCGCUGCUCGGCGUGUAAUUAGCCUUCCUUUAACACCAUUUCAAAGGUGGAAUGAAAUGACAUGAGGAAGUCUUAAGUCGUGCUGCAAAAACUGCUUUUAUCCCUACCACAACUUAAUUUUAUUAUUUUAUUUUAUUUUAUUUUAUUUUGGAUGUACUGCACUUUUUGGUAGAUUGUUUCUGCUGUAGGAACACCAAUCUGAAAUGUGUGCACAAGAUUUUGACUCAUGUAAUUUUUUUUUUCCCUCUAUGUUUACACUUCUGCCUUGUUUUUAGCUUUUUGUCUUCAGCUGUGUCUUGAAAUUAAUUAGCAUGCUUUGGAUUUGUGAUGUCUUUGCGUGUGAAAACGAAUGCUUAUUCUGAACUUUCAUAUGUAUGACUGGCUUUUUUUUUUCCUUGACGAAACAGAUUGGGAAGAACAGCAAUCUAGUUUUAGAAACACUGCAUUCAACGUAGGUGGAGCAACCUGAGGAUAGCAUUUAAUAUCCUGCUGUCAGAACAGUAUUUUUAUAUGACUUUUCCAAAUAACCACAUGAAUACUUGUAAAAUAAAAUGUAAACUUAGUAUUGUUGGAUAACUUUUUAGAAAACCAUAACUUUCUGCUGAUUGACAAAUGUUUCUUAUAUCAGGAUUUUUGAAAGCCCUAAUCCUUUCAAAAUAAUCUCACAGAGAUGCAAUAGUGUCAGGUUUAUCUAUUUCAACAUUUCAGCAUUGGAAAUUUUAAACUGCUUAAAUACGUACUUUAAAAAUCAAUCUCGAUGGACUCUGCUUAGCUGGAUUUAAAUCCACCCUGUAAUCGUGAAGUUUCACUUGAUUGGUAACCAACCUAAGUUACUCUAUAACAGACUCAAACCCAGGUAAGACUGUCCGUGUUACGUUUUGUACAACUUUAACUGAAUCAGUUCAAAGCCGUGUUUUUAAGGAGAGUGGUAAAAGUUUGAAUAUGCACAAGACCUCAGUGACUUUGCUUCAAAUUAGAGGAACUACAGAGUUUGAAUAAACUAAAUGAGUGUACCAAAUAUAACACAAGGCUUAAAGGAAGAGAGUUUUUAGUAUUCAUUAAUUUGAGUGAAAAAUGACCUCUCUCAAAAUCAGCAGUAAAACUCCUUUGAUUUUUUGCAGGCUCAGUAUAUAUACAUCUUUGCAGCAGUGAUUCUUGAUAAGGAUUGUUCUCUAUUUUUUUAAGGAUGAGUUAACUCUUUAUUUUCUUUUCAGAAUAGAUAAAUUAAUUCCUAUUAAUGUGACUAAGCACCUCUAAGGAGAUUUACAUGAAUAUUCGGUUAGUAGUGAGCACUUAGUGGCCUCAAAUCUGAAGCAUAUUUCAUAAAUGCAUCUACUUCUACACAACCUGCUCUGAGUUGUUGGUCUGAAUCUCCAAAAUCCAUCUCAGCUGUGGACAAAUCCAUGCCUGGUGGAAAAGGUUUCUUUAUUAGCAGGAAAGCAGUCAGGGAAGAAAAUUCCUUUCAUUGCAAACCAGGAGAUAUAGCCUGGCUGUGAAAUCUAUCAUUUUCCACCCUGAAAUAGCUAGAGAUUUAGGCAAAGUUAUCCAGGUUGAAUAUUCCUGAAUAUGAAAGGACUAGAAAAACAAGACAUAUGAGGGUCUGAGGGAACUGGAGCUGUUCAUUCUGGAGAAAAGGAGGCUGAACAAACCUCAUUGUUCUCCAUAGCUACCUGAAAGGAGGUUAUAGCAAGGUGGGUUUUGGUCUCUUGUCUCAAGUGACAAAGUGAUAGGACAAGAGGAAACAGAUUCAAAUUAUGCUAGGAGAGGUUUAGACUGGAGGUCAGGAAGAGUUCUUUUAUGAAAAGAGUGGUCAGGCAAUGAACGGCCUGCUCAGGGAGAUGGUGGAGUCACCAUCCCAAGAGGUAUUUAAGAGAGAUGUGGACAUGGCACUUAGGGACAUUGUUUAGCGAUGGACUUGCAGUGUUAGGUGAUGGUUGGAUUUGAUGAUCAUACAGGUCAUUUCCAACCUAAAUGAUUCUAUGAUUCUGGGAAAUUUGGGCAGAAACAUGUAAUUUCAAAAUUUCAACUUGUGAAAAGCUUCAGAUUUUGUAAUGUAUUUAUAUAGUUAAGAUGACUAUAUCCUGGUAUAUUUUAGGUAGUUUUUUAUUUCGCUUUUUCUAAUUGCCUUGCAGAACAAUUUUUAAAAUUUCCACAC